AAGAAGCAGAAUACAAUAAAAAUUGAUUGUCGUGUCAUUCAUUGUUAAGCUUGCAUUAAAGUGUAGAGUCGAAGAGAGAUUUCAUUUUUAUUCAUUUUUUGUUCAAAAUAUUCACACCCCAUUGAACAGUUACAACAAAAAUGAUGUUGUUUAUGCUGUUGUUCAGCCGACAAGGCAAACUUCGAUUACAGAAAUGGUAUGUCGCCUAUCCGGAUAAAGUAAAGAAGAAAAUUACACGGGAACUAAUCACAACAAUACUGGCAAGAAAACCGAAAAUGUGUUCGUUUUUGGAAUGGAAAGACAGUAAAAUUGUCUAUAAAAGAUACGCCAGUUUGUAUUUCUGUUGUGCAAUCGAACAAAACGAUAAUGAAUUACUGACACUCGAAAUAAUCCAUCGCUACGUGGAGCUGCUGGAUAAAUACUUUGGCAGUGUGUGCGAGCUGGAUAUAAUUUUCAAUUUCGAAAAGGCGUAUUUCAUACUGGACGAGCUGUUGAUUGGUGGCGAAAUGCAAGAGACAUCGAAAAAGAAUGUGCUGAAAGCAAUCGCCGCGCAAGAUGUUCUCCAAGAGGAUGAAGCGGUUGAAGGGGCCUUAAAAGACAUUGGAUUACUGUAGACUCAUUCCAAAAAAUUACUCGAUAUAAACAUAAAUACAGAACAAAACUGAGCCAAAAUUUAAAUGUCACAAAAUUACAAACAUUCGCGUAGAAACACACAUUCACACAAUCAAUUACUAACACAAUUUCGCCGUAAUUUGGCUUCUGCUACCCAAUACACAUGGAUUUGAAUGCGUGACAUUUUAUUUGCUAGACUCAUGUACUUGGUAAAAGAAAUUGUUUUUCUUGUAUAAAAGAAACACCGUAGAACUUAGUAUUAAUCAACGGAUAAAGGAACCAUUUUUUUUUUCAAAUUAUUUAAUAAAAAUUAACCACGCUUUUUUGUUUUUGUUUUUUAGAUUGAACUAAUCGUACCGUUUUUUUAUUCACCUUAAAUUUAAUAUUAAACAAAACUUAAAUUGUAGUCAUAGUUUCUAAUAAUCAAUGUAGUUUGUUUGAACCAAAUGUUAUAUACAAAAGAAGCAACGCACAAAAACAUCAAAACAAAUAAACUUUUUUUCUAAAGAAAAGACAUACAACACCAAACCA